AGACUAGAACCUGCUGGAUUUACUUUUUCAUCGCUCUUUUUCAUUCUUUUUUUUUUUUUUCCCCCCUUCCAUUUCCCUUUUAUGGUGGACUGUGACGCGCUCGGGCAAGCGGGGCUGUCUUCCGUUUUUCCUUUUGGAUCCUCCGGCUUGGACCACCUGAGCAGCCUCCAGGAACAUGGUGUGUCUUGAUGAGCGCGUGACGCUGUAGCCAAUCAGCAGCCUUGUGGGGACCAGCGAGGGGAGCAGGGAGCGGGGCGAGGGUCGGAAGAUGGCCGAAAGCUGCAGACGGCCGCCCGGUGGGGGCGCUGUUCACCUCCUCUUCCUGCUGCUGCUGCUGUCGGCCACGCUGGUCCUGCCAUCGCACUCUGAAAGCGCGCCCAGUUUCCUCAAGUCCCCCGACGACCAGACGGGGAUUUCGGGCGGCGUGGCGUCCUUCGUGUGCCAGGCGGCGGGCGAGCCCACGCCUCGCAUCACGUGGAUGAAGAAGGGCAAGAAGGUCAGCUCGCAGCGCUUUGAGGUGAUCGAGUUCGACGACGGCUCGGGCUCCGUCCUCCGCAUCCAGCCGCUGAGGACCCACCGCGACGAGGCCAUCUACGAGUGCACGGCCGCCAACAGCGCGGGCGAGAUCAACACCAGCGCCAAGCUCACCGUCCUGGAAGAGGACCAGAUCCCUCACGGCUUCCCCACCAUCGACAUGGGCCCCCAGCUGAAGGUGGUGGAGAGGACGCGCACGGCCACCAUGCUGUGCGCCGCCAGCGGCAACCCCGACCCGGAGAUCUUCUGGUUCAAGGACUUCCUGCCCGUGGACGUGGGCGGCAGCGACGGACGCAUCAAGCAGCUGCGCUCAGGGGCUCUCCAGAUCGAGCAGAGCGAGGAGUCAGACCAGGGCAAGUACGAGUGUGUGGCCAUCAACAGCGCAGGGACUCGCUACUCAGCCCCGGCUAAUCUCUACGUGAGAGUUCGCCGCGUGCCCCCCCGCUUCUCCAUCCCGCCCACCCACCACGAGGUGAUGCCCGGCGGCAGCGUCAAUCUGACCUGCGUGGCGGUGGGCGCGCCCAUGCCGUACGUCAAGUGGGUGAGCGGCGAGGCCGAGCUGACCCCCGAGGAGGAGAUGCCCAUCGGACGCAACGUCUUAGAGCUGGCCAACAUCCGCCAGUCGGCCAACUACACCUGCGUGGCCAUCUCCUCGCUGGGCAUGAUCGACACCACCGCCCAGAUCACCGUGAAAGCCCUGCCCAAGCCUCCCACCUCCCUCAUCGUGACAGAGACCACCGCCACCAGCGUCACCUUGACGUGGGACUCCGGCAACCCUGAGCCUGUGUCCUACUACGUCAUCCAGUACCGGCCCAAAGUAUCAGAGAACGGCUUCCAAGAAGUGGACGGCGUAGCGACCACCCGCUACAGUAUCGGCGGUCUCAGCCCCUUUUCCCAAUAUGAGUUCCGGGUCAUGGCGGUCAACAACGUGGGCCGAGGCCUCCCCGGCACCACCGUGGACACCCGCACAAGUGAGCAGGCGCCCUCCUCACCCCCGCUCUACGUCCAGGCCCGCAUGCUGAGCCCCAGCACCAUGCUGGUCCAGUGGGAGCCCCCCGAGGAGGCCAACGGGCAGAUCCGAGGCUACAGGGUCUACUACAGCUCCGACCAGGAGGCGCCUCUCAGCGCCUGGCAGAAACACAACACAGACGACAGUCAGCUGACCACUGUCGCUGAUCUGACCCCGGACCUCACCUACAGUGUCAGGGUGCUGGGCUUCACCUCGGUGGGCGACGGACCCCCAUCUGACGUCCUGCUCAUCAAGACUCAGCAAGGAGUUCCGGCGCAGCCGUCUGGUUUUGAGGCUGAAGCCGAGCUGGACUCUCGAAUCAUGCUGUCUUGGCUUUGGCCCGUCCAGGACCCCGUCGUCGGUUUCGAGCUGCUCUACUGGGAGGCCAACAAUCCACAGGACAAGCACACCGUCACGUUUGAGCCGUCUGGAUCGUACGGGGUGGACGGGCUGAAACCUGACACGGUCUACAUGUUCUCCCUGGCUGCCAGAUCUGAGAUGGGCUUAGGAGUCUUCACUCGUCCCAUCCAGGGAAGAACCGUCCAGUCCACCCCCUCAGCCCCUCCCCAGGACGUAAGCCUGCUCAGUCCGAGCUCCACGAGCGUCCAGGUGAGUUGGGCGGCGCCGCCUACAGACCGCCACCACGCCGGGAUCACAGGCUUCUCCCUGGCCUACCGGGCGCCGGCCGGGGAGGACAUACAGCGCCACCAGGUGUCCGGGAUCGGCGCGGACGCCCGCGGCUACGUGCUGCUCCACCUGGAGAAGUGGACUGAGUAUUUGGUGUGGGUGAGAGCUCACACCGUCAUGGGGCCCGGCCCGGAGAGUCCGGCGGUCCGCAUCAGAACUCAGGAGGACGUGCCCGGGGCCCCGCCCAGGAAGGUGGAGGCCGACGCCGUCAACUCCACGGCGGUCCGGGUGAGCUGGAAGCCCCCCCUGCCGGUCAAGCAGCACGGUCAGAUCCGAGGGUACCAGAUCAUCUACUCCAGGCUGGAGAAGGGAGAACCUCACGGCCAACCCCUCAUCAUGGAUGUCUCCCUGCCGGAAGCUCAGGAGGCGCUCCUGACGGGACUGCUGCCGGAGACCAGCUACUCCGUGACGGUGGCGGCGUACACCACCAAGGGGGACGGCGCUCGCAGCAAGGCCAAAGUGGUCACCACCUCAGGCGCAGUACCCGGCAAGCCCACCAUGAUGAUCAGCACCACCAUCGGCAACACGGCGCUGAUCCAGUGGCAGCCCCCCAAAGAGAUGGUGGGGGAGCACGUGGGCUACCGGCUGCAGUACAAGCGAGCCGAGGAGGACGCCUUCACCGUCAGGGACUUCCGCAAGACCGACGACCACUUCACCGUCACCGGCCUCCACAAGGGGGCGACCUACGUCUUCAAGCUGUGCGCCAAAAACCGCGCCGGCAACGGCGAGGAGUACGCGAAGGAGGUCAGCACCCCCGAGGACGUCCCCGGCAGCUACCCUCUGAACCUGAGCGUGGUCGGCCUGACCGCCACCGCCACCCAGCUGGCCUGGGACCCGCCCCCUCUGGCGGACCGCAACGGGAGGAUCGUCAAGUACGUGGUGGUCUACCGGGACAUCAACAGCCAGAACAACAGCUCCAACGCCACCGCCGACACGCGCAUGACCGUCCAGGGCUUGCGGCCCGACACCACCUAUGACAUCAGAGUGCAGGCCUUCACCAGUAAAGGCGGCGGGCCCAUCAGCCCCAGCAUCCAGAGCAGGACCAUGUCCACCUCCAUGCCGGUGUUCACCAAGGACUUUGGCGUAAAAGCGGUGAUGAAAACCUCCGUCCUGUUGACCUGGGAUGUUCCAGAAACCUUCGAGUUCGAGGUGCCGCUCAGGAUCCUCUACAACCAGCAGAGCGUGGAGGUGCCGGGCCACCAGAAGAGGAAGCUGAUCACGCAGCUGCAGCCCGACACGCAUUACUCCUUCGUGCUCAUGAGCCGCGGGAACAGCGCCGGCGGCCUCCAGCAGCAAGUCUCCACCCGGACUUCGCCGGACCUGCUCAAGACCAGGCCGACCGAGUACGAGCAGGACGCGGAGGAGGGCGGGAAAGUGAGCGUUCGGCUCCCGAAGGUGCCGCUUGGAACGCCUGUCAGAUGCUUCUACCUUGUGGUGGUCCCUGUGACCCCCACUUCUCUGAUGUGGGAGAAUCCCGACGACAUGGAUCUUCAUGAGCUCCUGGACACGGAGGGUGGCGCGCGGAGGAAGAGGAGCCAAAGCACGGACUUCCUGCAGCCUUACAUCGCCGCCAAGCUGGACUCCCUGCCCGAGGUCUUCACGCUGGGCGACGAGCACAGAUACCACGGCUACCGCAACAAGCCGUUGCCGGGGCAACAGCAGUACCGCUGCUUCGUCCUGGCCGAGCUGAUGGACCUGGACUCGCAGAGGACGUUCGCAGCCAGCCCCUUCUCUGAGCCCAUCCUGGUGAAGCUCCACAGCGGCAUGGCGAGACACUCCGAGGACCCGGAGAUGCUGUGGGUGAUGGGUCCUGUGCUGGCCGUCAUCCUCAUCAUCAUCAUCGUCAUCGCUAUUCUCCUCUUCAAAAGGAAACGUACGUCCCCGUCGGCGAAAGACGAGCACCUGGCGGGGGUGAAGGACUCGCUGCUGGCCCACUCGGCUGACCCCGUGGAGAUGAGGAGGCUCAACUAUCAGACGCAAGGGAUGAGGCAACAUCCUCCCAUCGCCACCUGCGACCUGGCCGACCACGUCGAGCGACUCAAGGCCAACGACGGCCUGCGCUUCUCUCAGGAGUACGAGUCUAUCGACCCCGGGCAGCAGUUCACGUGGGAGCACUCCAACAUGGAGAUCAACAAGCCAAAGAACCGCUAUGCCAACGUCAUCGCCUACGACCACUCCAGAGUCCUCCUCACUCCCGUGGACGGAGUCCCCGGCAGCGACUACGUCAACGCCAACUACGUGGACGGCUACAGGAAGCAGAACGCCUACAUUGCCACGCAGGGCCCGCUGCCCGAGACGCUGAGUGACUUCUGGAGGCUGGUCUGGGAGCAGCGCACCUGCACCGUGGUCAUGAUGACACGCCUGGAGGAGAAGUCCCGGGUGAAGUGUGACCAGUACUGGCCCAGUCGUGGCACCGAGACCUACGGGAUGAUCCAGGUCACCAUGUUGGACACUGUGGAGUUAGCCACCUACAGCGUGCGCACCUUCGCCCUAUACAAGAAUGGCUCCAGUGAGAGGAGAGAGGUCCGACAGUUCCAGUUCAUGGCCUGGCCCGACCACGGAGUGCCUGAGUACCCCACCCCGACGCUGGCCUUUCUUCGCAGGGUCAACGCCUGCAACCCCCAAGAUGCGGGCCCCAUGGUGGUCCACUGCAGCGCCGGCGUGGGCCGCACGGGCUGCUUCAUCGUCAUCGACGCCAUGCUGGAGAGGAUGAAACACGAGAAGUCGGUGGACAUCUACGGCCACGUGACGUGCAUGCGGGCCCAGAGGAACUACAUGGUGCAGACGGAGGACCAGUACGUCUUCAUCCACGAGGCCCUGCUGGAGGCGGCGACGUGCGGCCUCACCGAGGUCCCCGCCCGCAACCUGUACGUCCACAUCCAGAAACUGAGCCAGGUUCCGCCCGGAGAGGCCGUCACCGCCAUGGAGCUGGAGUUCAAGAAGUUGGCCAACUCCAAAGCACAUACCUCCAGAUUCAUCAGUGCCAACCUGCCGUGCAACAAGUUCAAGAACCGCCUGGUGAACAUCAUGCCUUUCGAGUCCAGCCGGGUCUGCCUGCAGCCGAUCAGAGGCGUGGAGGGCUCGGACUACGUCAACGCCAGCUUCGUCGACGGCUACAGGCUGCAGAGAGCCUACAUGACCACACAGGGUCCCCUGGCGGAGACCACUGAGGACUUCUGGAGGAUGCUGUGGGAACACAAGUCCACCAUUGUUGUCAUGCUCACCAAACUGCGCGAGAUGGGACGGGAAAAGUGCCAUCAGUACUGGCCCGCCGAGCGCUCGGCCCGCUACCAGUACUUUGUGGUGGACCCCAUGGCCGAGUACAACAUGCCGCAGUACAUCCUGAGAGAGUUCAAAGUGACCGACGCCAGGGACGGCCAGUCCAGAACCAUCAGGCAGUUCCAGUUCACCGAUUGGCCCGAGCAAGGUGUGCCCAAAACCGGGGAGGGAUUCAUCGACUUCAUCGGCCAGGUCCACAAAACCAAGGAGCAGUUUGGGCAGGACGGACCCAUCACGGUGCACUGCAGCGCCGGCGUGGGGCGGUCCGGCGUGUUCGUCACCCUGAGCAUCGUCCUGGAGAGGAUGCGGUACGAGGGCGCGGUCGACGUCUUCCAGACGGUGAAGACGCUCAGAACCCAGCGGCCCGCCAUGGUGCAGACGGAGGACCAGUACCAACUGUGCUACCGGGCCGCCCUGGAGUACCUGGGAAGCUUUGACCACUAUGCAACAUAACCCUGGCGAGAGCUCGGUGUCCUCUGUGAGCCCACCAGGCGGCGACAACCAGGGCCUGAGGAGGAGAUGACGUCAGACUGGGGGGGCGGAGCCAGUAACACACAUUCUGAUCCUCAUUUCUCUUCUGUUGCAAAUAUUUACCCUUUAUUUUCUUACGUCUCAAUGACUGUUUUUAUUGUCUAUUAGCACUGAGGACAUGUGUUUUCAACAUGCUCCCACAUAUUAAUACUUAAGUGCAUAUACUCUGCUGCUACGUCGGGUUUUCUACCACAUAUUUUACUCGCUCACACACUUUUAUUUCAGGUCGGAGGGCUUCUAGUUCUGACAUCUGACCGAGAAGUUCAGACCACAUGCCACAGUUUGUUGCUUGUUGUCUUAAAAGUCUGCAGAGGAGCAGUUUAAUGGCACUGUCAAAUUCAAACACUGAUGACAUUUAUUAAACAAGACAAGAAGCAAGGAAUUAAACGGAGACAGAAUUCAAUUUAGCUCAAUUGAGGAGAAACACGUAGACACCGUACCCUUGCACGGUGUCGUCCCACGCUCUGACGAAAGAUUACUUGGACUUUCCCUGAUUACAUGGCAACAGCUGUUUCUAAGGGAGGGGGGUCAUAAACAGCCGUCGCCUUUUGGUUACAAAACGGUUCAAAGAAAAGGUCGUAAAACAGUUCAAGGAAAAGGUGCCUGGAGGGAAUAGUUGUCGCCCCCCCCGGCAACACCAUAACGAAAGAGUGAUGAUAUAAUUGUCUUGCUGUCAAAGUCGCUACAAACCUCCCUGGAUCCUGACA